CAGUUGUCACUUGUCACAAACGCGCUUUUUUGAGGUUAGAUUGUUGAUAAAAUUGUUUUUGUUUACAUCUGUUCAAUUUCACUAUUUAUAAAAGAUGGUUGAGAUAUAUUCAUAUCCUCUGGAUCCCGACACAAAAACUAAUUUAAAAAUAUAUCUUUUCAAAAACGUUCUUAACGUGGAGACAAUUAGAAACAACAUUGUAAACGGUGUUUGGAACUGUGCGGCUAUCAAGCCAAGUCUUGUAUUAGAUCCUCUGCAAAUUGCCGUAGCGGCCAACCGUGCUGUGGUCGCUGAGAAAGCGGGAAAUUUGGUUACGAGAACGGUGUAUGGCGAAAUUUUGUAUAAUUUAUCACUUUCUAAAAACAUCUCCCAGAGCCUUAGUAAGUUCGGCGUGGAAAAAGACAACGCUUUAUUAAUGUGUUUUCUAAUUAAUGACAAAGACGAAAGCGAUAGCAUUAUAAAACAAAUACAAGGAGAGCUUUGUCCUAUCAGCGAAUUACACAACUUUACAAACAUGAAAGAAGUAAAAAGUGUUUACAAAUUAAACUCGUUAAAAUCCAAUAUAGAUUUAUUAGAUAUUAUUGUAAGCCGUAUGGUAAUAAAGAAUUUUGUAACAUAUUAGUUUGUUAGUAGUUGUUUGGUAUGUUGUUAAAGAAUAUGUUAUCUGAAAUAUAUAUAAAUAAAUAAAUAUUUAAUAAGAUGCUUUGUUUAAAAAAUGUGUAUUUUUGUGUUAUGAGCAUAUCCAUACAGUAAUUUUAUAACUAAAUACAUAGAAAUCAAUGAUAAUUAUGGUACAAACCACCAUGGCCAAUAUGUUUCAAUGAAAAUAAUACUUUUUCUUUUUGUUAGUGUUGGCAAAGGAUCUUGUAGGUUGCCUGAUAGGAAGCAUACACCUUGCCUAUGUAUGUUAGCUUAGAUAGAUAGAUAAAGUUUAUUAAAAGAACACAUUAGCUUAUCCUUUUUUCACUUCUGUAAAUGGACUACCAACAUGGGUUGAAUAAGGUAUAAACAAUUGUUUCAAACCAUUCUUUGUCCCUAAUCCCAUUAAUUCAUUCCUUAUGCCUACUCACUUUCUAGGAAAAUUAAGGUGCAGCUAGGUUCUGGCACUCCCUCUCAUCAUAUGAAACAGUAUUCCAUGCUAAUCUUCACUCACUGUUUUAUUAUAAUUAUGAGUAUAUAUAAAUAAUGUCAAUUCAAAAUGUGGUACUUGGUAUGAGGUAUUUUAAAUAAAAGUCAUACAAUUUG